CACACAGACACAGCAAAUACCCCUGGACUCAGACACUACAAUCAAGUAAGAAGAACGCUGCUUUAUUACCUAAAAUAUGCCUGCUGAGGUCAGAAGCCGCUCCAUGGUGGGCCGUUUCCCAGAUGUUACCCUCCGGUGGGAUGAGCCCGAGGAGGAGGAGGAGACGGGGAGCAAACAGGAGGGGGCGUGUAAGAGGUGGUUCAGGAAAAUCUGCCCCUGCUGCUGCCGCAAGGCCAGUGACGAACACGAUGGCACCGACGCCGUGGUGACCGGGACGGACGAUGGUGGGGAAAAACCGCCCACAGCCGGACACGAGUUAGAUGAGUUUUUGCUAUCAGUCCGUUCGGUGGACCUCCUGAAGUCUAAAACAGGUCCAAAUCGUGUGGAGCAUCAUACAGACCGUUACCAUGGCGACAACCUCAUCAUCCGCAGGGGGCAGACCUUCCAGAUGUGGAUAGAGCUCUCACGACCUUUUGACCCCACGGCAGACAAACUACACCUUGAGCUCAGGCUAGGCCCCACUCCAAUUUUGUCGAAGGGCACCUUAGUGAUUAUUCCUCUCGUGGAGGACUUGCAGGACAAUUGCUGGGAGGCCAAAAUAACGGAAAAGAAAGGCAACAAAAUCAAACUGUCCAUCAACUCCCUGCCCACUGCUGUUAUUGGUCGGUAUGAGCUCACCGUGGCAACACAGACACCCAAAGGGAACACCACAUCACCCCAUAACCCUGUCAACGACAUCUACAUGCUGUUUAACCCCUGGUGUGAAGAUGACUCCGUAUACAUGGACAAUGAGGAUGAGAGGAACGAGUAUGUUCUGAAUGACAUGGGGAUGAUCUACUACGGAACAGACAGUCAGAUUGGAGCCAGAACGUGGAACUUUGGACAGUUUGCUGAUGGGAUCCUGGCCACGUGCCUGUUUGUGCUGGAGCAGAGUCGGACCCCUCCGUCCGGCUGGGGAGACCCCAUUAAUGUGGCCAGGGUGGUGUCUGCCAUGGUAAACUCUCCUGAUGAUCAGGGCGUUUUGGAGGGGAACUGGUCGGGGAACUAUGCAGGUGGGACGUCUCCUACGGCCUGGAGCGGCAGCAUAGACAUACUGAAACAGUACCAGAAAAACAAAGGUUCACCUGUCAAAUACGGACAGUGCUGGGUCUUCUCUGGGGUCACCACCACAGUGCUCAGGUGUUUAGGUAUCCCCUCCCGCAGCGUGACAAACUUCAGCUCCGCCCAUGACACAGACGUUUCCUUGACGACUGAUAUUUAUUUGGAUGAGAAGAUGGAGCCGAUUGACGAGCUGAACGCUGACUCUGUCUGGAAUUUCCAUGUAUGGAAUGACUGCUGGAUGUCUCGUCCUGACCUGCCGGCUGGUAUGGGAGGUUGGCAGGUCGUGGACGCCACUCCUCAGGAAACCAGUCAGGGCUCCUACUGCUGUGGGCCAGCCUCAGUGGCCGCCAUCCGGAACGGACAGGUUUAUCUCAAAUAUGAUGCUCCCUUCGUCUUUGCUGAGGUGAACAGCGAUAAGAUCUAUUGGCAGAGGAAUGCUAAUGGCACUUUCACUCAGAUUUACAGUGAAAAGAAUGUGGUUGGACGCUCCAUCAGCACCAAAGCUGUGGGCUCUGACGAGAGAGAGGACAUCACUCACCUUUACAAACACCCAGAAGGCUCUGAAGAGGAGCGGAUCGCCGUGGAAACAGCCUCUCGCUACGGCUCCAAACCUGACACCUACACCAUCACAGGCUCCAAGGACGUGACCGUAGAAGUCAGUAUGGAAGGCCAAGGGCCACAUAUGGGCGAAGACGCCGAGCUGUCCAUCGUUCUGAAAAACACCAGCUCAGAGCCACGCAGUACCGUCCUCCACAGCCAAGUGGCAGUCAUGUACUACACUGGAGUUCACAAGGCCACGGUGAAGAAAGAUGAUGUGCUGGUAGAGCUCAAACCCAAUGAAGUCCAGACCCUGGAGUGGACUCUUCAGUAUGCUCACUAUAAGGACCAGCUGGUGGACCAGGCAGCGCUGAUGCUCACCCUGGCUGGACGGGUGACUCAGACCAACCAGGUUCUGGCCACUCAGUUCAACUUCCGACUUCGCACGCCAGACAUUAUAAUCACUCCUUUAGGGGACGCUGUGGUGGGGAAAGAGAUGGCAGCUAAAUUUGUGUUUAAGAACCCCCUGCCGCGCAUGCUGAAGAACGUGAAGUUCCGCAUCGAGGGUCUGGGCCUGCAGAACGUCAGAGAGAUCUCCUAUGGCGACGUGGUCAGUCACGCUACGAUCACCAUGACGGAGAAGUUCAUUCCCACCCUGUCCGGCCCACGGAAACUUCUAGCUUCUCUGGACUGCCAGCAGCUCACACAAGUUCACGGUGUCGCAGAUAUUGUUGUCAAGGAGAAGUGAAAACCACAGCAGGACUUGUACUCACACCUAUUAUGCACUCAGUCAGCUUGUAUAACACCCAGGACUACGCUAAGGAAAUGACACUGUAGUAACAACCGCAAGGGGAACUAAAGCCUCAGUGCGUUUCAGUAGAACAUUUUUAUCUGACUCCUGUUUGUUAAACCUAAACAUUACGUUUAGUCUAGUUUGUGCCGUCUGCUUAUCCCCUUUACGCAGCGGUUUGAGCCCCACACAUAGCUCAUGCUAUGCUAACACUAAUACCAAGGCCGCUGAUUUACCUGAGCAGCUUUUAAAACUGAAAUUAGGACCUGGACUCUUGCUAUGAAGGAUUGCACUGCACCUGUCGUGACCACAUCGGGCUGAUUCUAACAUGUAGCAACAGAGCCUCACUGACCUGCCUUUUAACAGACGAUCCCACAUGUUCAGAUAUGUGCUGUUCUAAGAGCCUUGCAAUCUUGCACCUGUCGCUUACUGUCUAGAAUGUUUAUUUAUCCUAUUUAUCUGUUUUAACAUUGUUAACUGAUUUAUUAUUUAUACCAAGGAAUCACAACUAAAUAUGUCAAGAGUUUUGUAAGACGUAUUUCAUUUGUUUGUAUCUGUGAGAACACUACUGUUGUAAAUGUGAGAGAAUCGAAUACUUGGAAACAGAAAUUAAAGGGCCCAUACCCUGGGAAAGCAA